UUAAAAGUAUUUCAACCAUUAUGUAAGAUUAUUGUCGAAAAAAGAAAGGAAAUUGACUGGAUUUAUGAGAUAAAGAGUUAUUCCUUGAGCGAUCUAACAAUUUUAAUUUAAACUUGUAUAAAGUUAAGGAUUAAAAAUGAACAAAUACGUGGUGGGGACUAGCAAGAAUCCAGCUCGAAUUAGACAAAGAAGGGCCAUCCAGAUGGCACCUAUGGAAAGACUUCAACAGAAGAAAAAAGUCUCCUUUAAAAUGAAAGAGUCCGCUAUGGAAGAUAUCCAUGUUGUUGAAGAAUGCCGCGAAAUGUUCAGAAAGGAAAUAUAUGUUCUUGGACAGGAGAUUCUAAAAUUCAGAGAAAGCUGUGAAAAAGAGCUGCAAAGAUAUAAAAUAAGAAUACACAAAGAAUUGCAUCAAAGCUUAUCUGCUGCUGACAUAGAGCAAGCAAGACAAGAUACUACAGAAUCACCUGUCAAGGCACCAGAUAUCGAAACAAAAGAACAGAUGAACGAAGUGAUACAUAAAGAUCCAACGGCAGUGACAAAAAUGUGGCACGACAAAUUAAAUAGCUUACAGGAAGACAUGGACAUUCUAGCAAAACGCCAAAGCCAGAUAGAUAGAGAGAACAUGUUGGCAGACAAAGAAGAAAGUUUAUCUGAUAGAAAAACUGAAUUAGAGAAUUAUGAAAAAGAGAUGGAGGAAAUUGAGUCUGGCUUAGAUAGAAGACAAGAAAUGUGCCAAAAGAGACAGAAAGAUCUACUAUCGCUAGAAGAGGAAUUGGAUAGAUUAAAGCAAGAAUUAGAAAAGAAAAAAGAAAGCCUUGACCUACUUGGCGUCGACUCUAGUGAACUAAAAAAUCGAGAUAGGCGAAAUUGUUCUCCUGAAAGUCUUGAGCAGGAACACGUUCGAAAUAAUUUAUUACAAAAGCAAUCAUUUCUCCAGAAAAAGGUGGACCAAUACAGAACAGAAUUAGCAACAUUAAAAGCAUCUUGUACAGCAAAGGAUAUUUCUAUACAGAAACUUCAGUAUCAGGUAACAGAACUCAAAGAAACUGUAGCAGAAAGGGAUGCAAAAAUAGAAAAACUAAAUACGCAAUUGAGUUUUAUGAUUGAAGAGUCUAAUAUCAAAGAAAAAAAAGCAAAAUCGCUGCCGCGCCAGAACUCUUUUGCUAAAAUGUUUAACAGACAAAAAUCUUUUCAAACACAAAAGUCUAUCGAAAAUGAAGACAGGGACAAAGUUAGUAGUAGUUUGCCUAAAAAUAUAAGAUCUACUAGGACAUCAGUGAAACAUCCAAUGCGAAGAAGUAUAGAUGUUACUAAUACCGCCAAUGGAUUCCAGAUGGGGAUAAAACCACCUUCAGCAGACGAAAGUAGAGCAUGUAUAGUCAUGUGAUUAUACGUAAAAAUUAACACUCAGGAACGAAGCAAAAUAGAUGGAUGGAUGGAUGGUUAUUUAAAGUCCUGCAAUGAAGCAAAUUGGCAUUUGAUAUAGAUUUGAUAUACAUGUUUAAUACAAUAAGAAAUUUGUGUUUUUGUGUACGAAAAAAUCAGGGUUGAUAUACUGAUUCCAUUGUUGCAUUUUGAAAAUUAUUUGAUGUUGGUAGUGACAGAAACUAGUAUUGGUCAUCCGGAAGUAUUGAGCGCUCUUGUACAAUAAACCAAAAGUAACACUAAAGAAAGGGCUGCGCCAUAAGCGCAUGAUACGCCCGUCGCCUUUUCAAAGAAUAAAGUUCCAUAACUCCUCAAUGUCAUAUCAGAAAUUUAUAAAAAAAAACUAAAGGGAGGUUAUUUUAAUAGAUAUAAAACAGUCACCAAAGUUUCAUGAAAACUGCUCAAAGCACUUUUGAGUUAUUGUCCGAAAACUGGAAAAACUAUGAAUAAAAUCCCAUAACUCGGAAUUGUAAAAUCUAAAAUUUAUAAAAAUCGAAAGGGACCUCACGUCAAUAGAUAUAAACAAUUCACCAAUGUUUCAUGCAAAUUGGUUAAAGCGUUUUUGAGUUAUUGUCCGACAUUUUGACGACGGACGGACGGACAACGGUAUACCGUAAACGGACGUAUAACAAGGAAGGAAAGAAUAACCAGAAAAUUACAUAUUUCCAUAACUGAAAAUUUAUCAAGUAUUCAUGCCAAAUGCAUAGUAUGCCAUGUAACAGUAUACUGGUUAUCGAACUGAUACCAACGAGGACAUGCAAUCCGCAAACAUUGGCCAUGAACAAGUGGAGGUAGUAAAAAUUUACGAGAACAGCGUAAACAUUUUGUAAGCUCACUCUGCAAUUCAAUAGUCGUCAAAUUUCCAGUAUACUUUCUUGAUUAUUUAAUGGCUGCGUAAGGGCAAGCAUAAAAAAUGUGUGUAAUGCAUGCAUAUUCAGGACGAUAACAUUUCAUACACAAGAAUUGCGGACAGCUCAGCUGGAUGGCUUUAUCAGCUACCAAACAGAGAACCGUAAUCAUUGAACAUUUUUUAACGUUAUUGUCUAUGGGGAAUUAUGACCACUAGCUAAAUAAACGAAUACUAUGUCUAUUUUAUAAAUCUCAUAUAAAAUUAAUAAAUUAUAGAGAUCUCACCAAUUUUUUAGCUUUGAAAUGGUGUAAAAAAAAUCCACUUUAUCUUGAUAUUUACUGGUGUCCCUAUCAUGUUGAACGUCGGGUUCUCUUUUGGUUGAGAUAUGUUAAAUUACGAGGUAUACAUAUUUUAUAAAAAUUCAUAUUAAAUUCAUUUUUUAUUGUAAAUCAAAUUAACAAAUUAUACAGUAUUGGCAAAUAAUUUUCCUAUCAAAUGGUAUAAGAAUCGUCAUUUUAAAAUAAUGUUUACUGUUGUCCCUAAGCAUUUGAAAGUGAAACUUCAUUAUUUAUGAAUACGAUGUAUAUUCAUUCAACUAAGAUUGGCCGUAUUCAAAGACAAAUUGGUCUUGUUAUUUAGUUGAAUUCUCAUUUUUAUGAUGUGAACUUCUUUUCUAAUUACAUCCAUCAUUUUAAAUAUCUAGUUAGGUUUUAAACAAUAUAUUAAUUUCUAUUAUACCAAAGAGUUCUUUAAACAUCAAAAUUUUAAAAGUAGUGUGGUUUUGUUGA